UUGCUUGCCGAAGGCGUCGCGUUUCGCGACCGAGCCCUGGUCCCCAUCUGGGAGAAGGUGCUCGCCGGCGAUCGCCUCGCCUUCGACGACGGGAUCACACUGCUCCAGACCGUUGAUUUGCCGGCGCUGGCGCGGAUGGCCGACCAUGCCGCCAGAGCGCGCAAUGGCGACCGGGUCCAGUUUGUCGUGAACCGGCAGAUCAACCCGACCAACCUGUGCGUGCUGUCCUGCGUCUUCUGUGAUUUCGCCGCGAAACCGGGCGAUGCGCACGCCUACGAGCAGUCCCUCGAGGAAGUCCUCGCCCAAGUGUCCGAGGAGCUCUCGGAGGUUCAUAUCGUCGGCGGCCUGCACCCCAAGUGGCCCUUCGCCCGGUAUCUCGAGAUCGUUAGCGAGAUUCACCGUCAAUUUCCGAGAGUUCAGAUCAAGGCGUGGACAGCCGUCGAAAUCGACUGGUUUGCCCGACUGGAGAAAACCACCAUCGAGGACAUCCUGAUCCGGCUUCAGGAGGCGGGCCUCAACACCCUUCCCGGUGGGGGGGCCGAGGUGUUCUCAGACCGUGUCCGCAAGGAAACGUUCAAGACCAAGAUCGGUCGGGGAAAGUGGUUCGAAGUCCACCGGGCCGCUCAUCGUUUGGGGAUCAUGACGAACGCGACCCUGCUGUACGGGCACAUCGAGACGCUCGGGGAGCGCGUGGAUCACAUGAUCCAGCUCCGGGAAGCACAGGACGACCGCGGCCCGUCCGAUGUCGGUUUUCAAUCGUUUAUCCCGCUCGCGCUCCAACCGGGGAACACGGGGCUCGCCGAGCGUCAGGCGUCGGUACUCGAGGAUCUCCGAACCGUCGCUUGCUCCCGCCUGCUCCUCGACAACUUCCCCCACAUCAAGGCCUACUGGGUGAUGCUGGGUGAGGACUCGGCGGGAAUGGCGCUGAACUUCGGAGCGAGUGACCUCGAUGGGACGAUCGGCGAAGAAAAGAUCGCCCACUUCGCGCAGGCGACGAGUCCCGUUGGCCUGGCCCGUGAACGAUUGGUCCGGAUGAUUCGAGACGCCGGGAAGACUCCCGUGGAGCGCGACGCCCUGUACAACGUGGUGCAAGUCUGGGAGGCUGCCUGA